AUGGACAGAGAAGGCAAACGUCUGCGACGCAGGCUACAUGCCAGAGGACGGGAUGAAAGUCUGAGACUGUUAUAUUUUGUUUUCUGUUUAGAUCAACAGGGUCAGCUGACAAUUUCAGCUUCAACCUCACUGAGAGCCACACAGAUUAAUCUGUAUAACAAAGGAGAAUCUUCUAUUCUUCUUAUCAACGCAACCUGCAAGCCUGCGGUAUUGACCCUACAACUGGUUGAUAUGUACAAGCAGCUUGAUAAGGGCAAGAAAUGGACUCUUGAGUUCCCGUUGUCUUGUUCAGGAGCUUCGAGUCUGAACUACCGAGGAAAAUGCUUUGUAAAAAUAUCUCACGUCUGUCGCGAAGUCAUCACUCCUGUGAAGAAGACCAAGUUUGACUUUAUAGAUGGUGAAAUUGAGGAAUGUGAAAACGUGAAGAGCAUUCUGGGUAAACUUGCCAGGAGUAGUUUUGCGGCAUCUUUUGGCGUCAACGAUGACUUGUCAGCGUCGCUAGCUGUUACCGCAAUACUGGAACUUGCUCUGAUUAUAGUAACACUUAUUGUCAAGGUUCUGUUUGUCGGUUUUACUAAAGGCUGGAAUUCUUCUAGAAAAGAAUUUUGUGAUCGCUUCUUUAACGCUGUUCGAAUAUCUCGCACUAAUCAAGUGGAUAAGAAGAGAGGUGCUGAACCAGAUACAGAAGAACCAAGAUGAGAAGAACGUUUUCUGAUAGAAGGUAAGUUUAGCAAGCUGUGUGGGAAGAAAGGUGACACUUAAAAUUUUGUCUACAUGCGUAGAUAAUACAUUGUUUUUCACGGCGUUUGGCAUAGUAGCAGGCUAAAAUUCUCGAGCACGGAUGGCUUGGCUUUAUUAAUCUCACAGUUUUAAACUGCAGUAGAACAGCAGUCGUCAAUCAGCAUAUAUGACGAUUGUUUCUCCCUCCCUAAUUAACUCACACUGGUCAUAAAAUUGCAGAUUGCUAUUGGAUAGCUAAUAAUUACUACGUUUAAAAGAUGAAUAAGUUUAGUAACCAGGUUUCAACCAGGUGUUGUUACGGGAAACUGGUUCCGUUUCUAGUGGCAACUUGUCGACUUUUGACGUCAUGCGCAGCCUAGCGCGCGAAAUUGCAGGUGACGAUAUUGUUAUCACUGGAAACGAGUAGAGUUUCCCAUGACAACACCGUAAUUCUCGUCAUACACCAAAGUUCCGUCGCGGCUUACUCAACUGAUAAUCGCAGUAAACCCUCAUUGCAUGUCUUCAUGCUGAUUCGUGUUUAUACUCUACUUUGUCUACAGACCACUGAUACGACCAUUCAAAAUAUCCUACUGAUGUUCAUAAGAUUAAAAGACUAAAUGUGAAUAGUCAAAGAUUUGCUCUUAUUAAAAGUUGUUAUCGUUCUAAACAAAAGCAGUUUGGCUCUUUAGUCCCCUUAUUGACCCAAAUCAACCUUUGUUCCGUUAGUGUUGGUACCAGUCCAGACUCCAACCUAGUCCCCAGCGCGCUUUCCUCAAAUGUAGGAAGAGCGGGUUCUGAAGAGGAAAGUGCCCUGGUACGAGGUACUCUAAACCCUGGAGAGGAACAGCAAAGUUUGAGUUCUGGUAAAGCCAUUGUAUAAUGUUCUUGAGACAUCUAACCUUCACAGGGCUUUUCUUGACUCAGGUGCGGUACAAAUGAGUCUCGGUGAAAUAUUCCAACAACCUAAAAAACUGUCGGUGUCGACUCGCGAUGGAGUAGCAAAGAUACGUCGGUACUGUUUGGUCAUUAACCGCGACGUCAACAAUUGUAUCAAAACUUUUAAUGAGGAAAUAGAAAAGGUUUUUGUUAAGACGAUUUAGAUAAAGUUUUGAACGACUAGUAGCUUUAUACUAAAACAAUUACAUUAUUCGCUCUCGAUU